UAUACUCUGUACUCUCGCUCGCUUUCGCAGCCUCGAAAGCUUUGUCCCAACCUUCACAAGAUCGAAACCCUAGAAAGCCAAUCUCCGAAGACCUCUCCAUUGAAUCCACCCACAAAACCCUAGAAAUUCAAUCACCUCUCCGCUGAAGCAAUCCAUGGCAACGGACCCCACCGCACCGUCGACCUCACAGUACUCCUACUCCGGCGCCCCUUCCUACUUCCCUCUCCCUUUCCACCUCCAGAACCCCGACCCAUCGGCCUCUGCGCCGGUGGCUCCUCCAUACGUCCCGCAGGCCCCGAUCACUCCGCCUGUUAAGGUACCUGUGAUCCCCCAGCCCUUUGCGCCGGCUUACCCCGCUGUGGCCCCCGUCGCCACCGCCACCGGUGUCUACUCGCUCCCGCAGUAUCAGCAGGCGCAACAAUUGUUUCAAAGGGAUGCGCAAACUAUCACGCCCGAGGCUCUGGAGAGUGUGAAGGCUGCGCUUGCUAACAGCGAGGUUGAGCACAAGGCGGAAUCCAAGAAGAGAGCUUUACCCCGUAAAGCUGCUGGGCAAACCUGGGAAGAUCCAACAUUGGCUGAUUGGCCUGAAAGUGAUUUUCGUCUCUUUUGUGGGGAUCUUGGCAAUGAAGUUAAUGAUGAUAUUCUCUCGAAAGCAUUUGCCAGAUUCCCUUCAUUCAACAUGGCAAGAGUUGUGAGAGACAAGAGAACUGGAAAAACCAAGGGUUAUGGAUUUGUUAGUUUUGCAAACCCCACAGACCUUGCAGCAGCUUUGAAAGAAAUGAAUGGCAAGUAUGUCGGCAACCGUCCAAUCAAAUUGCGUAAGAGCAAUUGGAAGGAGCGGACAGAUUUUGACGCUUUGGAGAGGCAAAAGAACCAUAUUCAGAAGAAGCCAAAACUGCCAAAGAAAAGUAUUCUGCACAAGUGAUUCUUCCAAGAUUAUGACCCUAUGAUUUAUCUAGUAGGUAAAAUAUUUUUUUGAGUGCCCUUAGUUGUCAGCCUUGAAUCUUUGUUAUCUUUAAGGACUAAUGACCCUUAUGUAAUAUCAGCAUGACAAGUUCUCACUAACACAAAUAAUUUGACCAUGCAUAUUCCUAUGUUGCUAAUAUCAAAGACUAAAAAUUUAUUGGAACUAUAUUUUGUUAGCCAAUGUUUUGUCUUCUCUUGAGACUACUACUCAUUUCUCAAGGUAGAUGCUGCUACAAAUAUAAUUCUCUUUUAAUGUAGAAGAUAUGGCAGCAAUGUUUUCAAUCCAAAACAAGAGAUUGCAAUAUGAGAUGGGGCAUUGUUUUCCUUGCCUAUUUAUUUAUGUACUUUCCAAUGUUUCCAUGUAUCAGUAACUUUAAAAAAAAUGUCAAGGACUUUUGUGUAGCAUAAUAUGGAAAUGAAUAGCACGCUUAAACUAAUUUUGUCCCCUUCA